AUGCCGCUCACGGAGCUGGACCCCAACGUCAGUGGCCGGCUGAGCCGUGCUUCCAACAUGUCGGCAGGCUCGAGAGGUACGCGGAGGUCGACUCAGCCGCAGUCUGACAUGCUCUCUUCCGGCGUCAUGAACAUGCUUCGAACCUCGACUGAGCUCGGAGACAUCGGCGGCGUGUCCGGCGGAGUGUCGAGCGGCUCGUCCUUCAACAAGUCCGCCAGGGCUUCGCAGGUGUCUCGACCGGCCCAUCGCCGACGUAGCAACUAUCACCACAGCUCGCGCGUCUCUGUCGGCUCCAACCAGACGCAGACCAUGCACGGCAUUUCCAGCAAGCAUCGAUCUCGCCCUUCGACCUCUUCGGUCCCACGCCGGUCCAUUACCAGCAGCCUUAAUGUUCCCCAGUUCGUGCCGGAUACGGUAUCGCCUACGUUGAUGAACCUGCCCGGCGCUUCCCCUCUUGUUCCCUCGACCCGCCUCUCCAAGGAAGUGCGUUCAUACUCCUUGACAAAUCAUUUUGUUCCACCACAGAAGCUGUCCGCGCCGCGAUCGUUCACCAGCCUCAGGCACCAGGAACCCGUUCAGAGGCCGCGUUCCCCAUAUCGGUACCCCACUCGCCUCAGGCGUCCGGGCUAUCGUUCUCCUUCUCCCGCAAUGAGUGAUGUUGCCAGCGGCCCGCCGAGGAGAUAUCAUGGCCAAUCAUCUCUGACGAGGAUGAGAACAUCGCCUGUGUCGCCCAUGCUGCCACACGAGAUGGCCUCCGCGCCUUUUCCGCCGGGUUACCACAGAUCUGCCCAGAGUUCAGGAUACACCACCGGCUCGCCCUUGCCUCUGCAUGAGAUGGAGCAGAUUCUAUAUUAUAAUCAGCUCAACAGAUCGGCGCCAAUUUUCCCUCAGAGCCCUUGCAUGGGAUCUGAAAUGGCAUCGCGCCGCCCGAUGGGCCCGAAUGGCUCUACACCGAUGCUGAGGCCCGCCCCCAGACGGUCCAUGACAUCGCUGACAAACGGCACUGACUCCGAUGCUCAAUCGUCGGGUCCGCCUUCCUUGGGGCCCCAGACUCCGAGAGUCAGCCACUCUGCCGAAGUCAUGGUUCACCAGGCUGCUUCACCUCUUACUGAGGCGGAUGUCCUUAACAGUACCGGCGAGGUCGAGACCGAGCAGGCCUUGGAGUACUACGAUUAUAGUGAGCAUUUCGAAAGCAUUCAGAAAGAGCUACCGGCUGCUGAGACUGCCAACGUUACUCCUGGUGGUUUUGCGAGCCACGUGAGAUCCAUUCUUGGAGAGAAUGGGGACGCUGGCCAGCCUCCACAAAUGCCUUACGGUCCACACACCCCUAGCCCCGAUAUUCUUCCAGAUGUAGCCGAACUCGAAGGCUCACCUGUCGCUGUCUAUGAGCCAGAACCUGUGGAGCUUCCGGCAUCUGUAAUGCCUUCUCCAAUUCCCAGGAGAAUCACCAGGGAGAUGAUUCUUUCGGUUAUCGAGCCCUCAUCUACAGCCAACGAAUCCACCACCAUGACUUUGGAUGUCAAGGUUCCCAUGGAGAUGGAUGCCAAGGUUGAAAGAAAGACGGGCCAUCCUCCAAGCCCUACACCAUGCCUGACACCGAGCAAAUCAUCUUCAUCUUCUGACUCCGUGUCCUCCGCCGAAGAGGAGAUGGGGACAGUCGUGUCGGAGGGUGAUACGCAAGUCUAUACGCACCAAAGUAUUGACUUGAAGGCGGGCGACGAGAAGCCAGAUCGGGAGUCAAAGGAUCGAUUCUCAGUCUCAAUGGCCCAGGACUCGGUUGAAUCCUCGGAUACUCUCUCGAUCGAGGACGCUGUAGAUACUGAACCGCAAGUGAAGCUGGAGAUUCCAAGCGACCCUACACAGGGGACACCGCGAUCGACAGAGCAGUCUGUAGGGGGGGCCGGUUCACUGUUGAAGAGCCUCAGUCCUGCUUCUGUGUCGACGAGGGCCAAGUCCAUGUUUCUGACUCCAAAGCAAUCAUCCGUGGAUAUCAAGGAGAGAAUCUCCGCCCCCAUACUCACUGCAAGCUCACCUGGGUCAGAUGUUUUCGGAUUUCUCAAAGGAGCUUUUGAUUCGUCUCCUCUUCCGUUGGCUGCCAGUGCACACCUCUCAAUUCCAGAAGAGCCGGUUGAAGUGAAAACCCCGGUACAAACUAAAGCUCCACAGGAGGAGCUGCAACUGGUAUUUGAGACGCCGGCAGCUACUCCCAUCACAUUCACGACGGACGAGUCCACCCCAGGAAGCGCAACUGUGCAGUCGACAAGCACACACUCUGUUCCAGCUCGAUCUUACAGCUCACGCGAGAGCGUGAAUACCACGACACAUUUGGUCUGGCCCGUGAAAAAGCCCUCGUCGCAAUCAUUCGAGCCAAACGAGUAUCCGCCUCCGAGUUCGAGUGUUUCAGUCAACAACACAAUCGCGCAGGACUUGAGGCUAUCCAGUACCCCAAGGUACCCAAGCCAGCUGUCCGAUGUGAAGGAGGAAUCCUGCGAGGAAAGCUGCUCGGACCUGAGCAAACGGCCUUCUACGCGGGUGUCUUCGAACAGAUUUUCGACGAACUUCAAAGUUCCCCUCUCGCGUGUUCCAGAUGAAGACCUGAGCUCAUCGGGCUUUGACAGGAGGACAUCGGCCAACUUCAAGAUCCCAUUGGCACGAGGCUCUGCUGCGUCUGCGCAAGGCAACUCCCUUGACUCGUUCUUCUUGGCGCGGGCGUCGUCUCUGAGAGCCUCGAACGCCUCUGUGUUCAAGUCGCCAAAACGUGGGACGCUUGCGGAUACUCGAUUGAUUCCUUCCAUGCAUUUCAGCCAGAUGGACUUGGUUGAAAACCUGCACGACGCGUUUGGUGAUCGGUCCACGUUAUCCUUGGAUGGAGCACAUGUCGAGUUAAGAACUGAAUAUCCUGACGCGGACGUGUCUCUCGGUCCCAUUAGGGAGAAGUACCGCAGUUUCUUCGCCAGUCUUGACGAGACCAGCCAUCGACCCGACUUCCGUCCGAAAACGCCGGAGACUGUUGAAGUGCCGCCCGUCGAAGUGGAAGAUGAAGGAGGAAACGGGAAGAGCGAGGCCACUCCGCCUAUCAUUGUGGAGCCAGCCAGGUCCGAUGCAAUGUCAAUUACCUCGAUGCCAUCCACUUUGUCAAAGACCAGGCCUUACUCACCCGAGGAGCUCAUGACCGAGGUGGAAAGGCUGACAAUUCCAUCGGUAGCUGGUUUGACUCAGCGUCUGUCCGAACUGCUUCCGUCCCUCAAGCGAUACAGUAGUUGUGAGACUGUGGACGAAGCCACGAAAGAAACACAAGAUCUCGAAAAGAUAAUCGAAGAUCCGGAGCUCAAGUCGGACGUUCACGAACUUCGCCAUCUGGGAGAUCGGCCUGGUCUUUUGAACACCAUGAGAUCGUCUUGCCGUCUGAGAGCAAUGCCCGGUAGGACAACGUUGGUGAUCGUCGAUGAUGACGUCUACGACGAACUCACGAGCCAAUGCAAGGGCAAUCAUAAAGACAAGGACAUCCAGAGCCCACGGCUGGAAGAAAUCAAGGACACGGACAGCAGCAACAAAUCGUUCAAGAGCGCGAGGGAAAGAAAGGAUUCGAAUUCAACAACUCCUGAUGUCGAGGUCAGCCAACCUUCCUUGGCGGAGCUUGAGGCUCCGAUGCCCGUUCAUGUCCGUGGAAAGCCAAGCCAUGUCGCCACUAAUGAGCCAAAUCCCCCGGCAGUGUCUGAAGAAGUGAAGCCAUGGGACAUGAACAUGAAGUUCCCUUGGAACGAGAGCACCACUGGGAUUGAUAUCACCUUCCCAGUGAAGGCUCAUGUGCGGAGUCGCUCAGCUGCAUCUCGCCCUUCCAGGUUGAGAUUGCACUCCCCGGCUUCUUCUGAAUACUCCACCGCUACUGAUGGAAACCGCAGAAAGGGAUCUGGCGAGAGGCAGAACAUGACGCCGGACAGUACCGAGACCCAUGAUACGUUCAAACACAGCCGUAAAGGCAGCCAUCGCCCCUGUAGAAGCGUCAUGGGUUCCGUCACACGGAAACUCGGGCUCACCAUGGGGCUUGAUGGGGCGAUCCGCUCAAGCGUGUCUUUGGACGAGUUUGCUCAUGACCCAGGAGAUCGCUAUCCGACCAGUGGACUCACACCACCGUCGCGAUUCAACCUUGACGACGUUCGGAGCUUCUUUUCGGAUGAUAGCUCACAAACUCGGCACGGAGGCACCUUCCGCAAGCGUCUCACUCGGUUGAGGUCGAAGAUCGGGCCUCCAGCGACUUUGUCUCGGGCACAGUCGGCUGUGGAACCUCGCGCCAUUGAGCGCGCUGCGGGUGCCUCAUCCGAGGGUGCAAGUUCCACGGAGAACACGACGGACUCUCCGGCGGGUACGGGUGGAAGCCUGCAGACAUAUGACGGCGCGACUGGUAUGCCUAAGUCGGAGUUCCGGACCAAGCGAUUGUUCGAAAGGAUCAAGAGUAUGUGGUUCCGCAGUGGCGAAUUCAUCAAGAGCCUGGGCGCGAAAAAGAAGCUGGAGAGGCAGGAAACCCGAGAAUGGCUGCAGGACUCGGAAGUCAAUACCACCACGCCAGACUCCUGA